AUGCAAAUAAUGCAAUAAUAUAAACACAACCGCAAAGAUGAAUUCGAAGUAUUUGAUAGCCAGUCUACACAGGAGUUUGUGUUAUUUGACGUAUUGUUUGAUACAGCUGAUUAUUUCGACAGUGCUGCUCGUUUAUGUCAUUUGGGAUCGACACAAAGUUUGGAGAACCCUCUUGUUUUGAUUUGCGAAGGAGUGUUGACUUUCACGAUUUGCACAGAUUUAACACUCAAAGUCCUGAUGGAAGGAAGAGAAUUCUUCACAACAGCCUGGAAUGUGUUAGACUUUUGUGCAUUUUUGUCAAUCAUCUUGUGUAUAAGAUUGCAAUAUGAAGUGUAUUACGAUGAGAUUUUUGGAAUUUCCCUAAUUUCUAUGCGUUACUUGUCACUAACAGUCAGAAUGGUAGUUCUUCUUAAAUAGUCCUAUUUUGUAUAGAAGAUGCAACAACAACGAGAUAUUUUGAUAUUUAAAAGAUCCAGAAAUCAAGAUCUCAGUAUCUUGGAUAUGAGUUCAGAGAUAUUAAAUGAUUCCCAGUUUGUUGAAACUAUGAAACUUGUUAGUGAAUGAUAUUAUAAAUAAUCAAUUUUAUUUCAUUUUUAAA